AUGAGUGUGCCGUCUUCACCGCGAAGUGAGAUGACACUACAGCAGUCGAAAUGCUCAACAGAGCCUAAAGAGAUACCUCAUAAACAUCAGCACCCCUACCCUCACAAAAAAAGCCCUCUUGUUAGAAAAUUAUCAUCAAAUCCUUGUGACCCAAUGAAUUCUGCAACAUCCUCAUAUGAAGAACAUUCUCAGGCUGUGGGUUUGCAUUCUUAUUCUGGCAGUGUAGAUAGGAUACACAAACAUUUUGAAAGCAGCCCCAGUAUGCCAUUCCCGGAGUCUUACACAAGUGUUGCUGAUAGACCAAGUUUAGAUGAAAGCGAUGAGGAUGAAGAUGAAGGCGAGAGUAGUAAUGAUGAAAAGCAGAACGGACUGAUAGGUUUAGGGCAUUGUUCAGACACUAAAAGUGAUAUAACAGAUAUCUCCACAUUAUCCAGUUCUCUGGGCCAGGUUGAGAACUCGGAGCAUCAGUCUUACCCAGAAGUAUUUAGUGCUGAACAUAAUGUAGAACUUUUGACCAGUUCUGCCGAAUUCAUUCAAACCAAAGAUAAUAACAACUACCACCAGCCUCAACAUCUUCAACAGCACUGCAAUUACAAUGAUCAGUUUCAUUUGCAACAGGAACAGAUCAGAAACUUUAACACAGGCAGAACUACUACUACUGAUUCUUCAAAUGCCUUUGGAAAUAAAAUAAAUGGAUAUAAAUUCAGUAAAAAUGAAAAUGAAAUAUACAGUUUAGAAAAAGAGUCUCACACAACCGCCGAGCUUCAUCAGACUAAUGGUAGAGUUCCAAGUCCACCAAAGAGUAAAGAAAUAAACUCAUGGGCACAUUUUCAUAAACCGACUGAGAGUAACUACAGAUACAGACGCAGCCAUUAUUCUAGUGAGAGUGAGGAAGAAGACACUUUGAAAAGUUCCAAAACCCAACACAAACAAAACAGCAAACUUUCUGCUUAUAAGCCUCACCAGUGCCAUUAUAAGUCUCCUUCACCUUCGGAGCCAUCUGCUGAUCACCGGAGCAAUGGUCACAGAAGUCAGACUUGCAGUUCCACAGAGAAGCAAAUUUGGACUCAGAAUGGAAUUAAACCACAGGAGUUUAAGGAGAGAUUUGUGUUAAUGAAGAAGUGGUUUUCCGAAUGUAAUGAUGGACAGAAGAACUUGGUAAUGAAAGGAUUAUUGGGAUUGUGUGAGUGGCCGCAGUUACACUUGUUGUCGGUGUAUAUGUCCAAGGAGUUGCACCAUGGAUGCCCUUCCAACUGUGAGGACCUCAUCACCUGGCUGCCCAGGGAUCUGGCUCUGAAGGUCAUGUCUUAUCUUGACCCUGUGAGCCUGUGCCAUGCAGCUCAGGUGUGCAGAGUGUGGCGACAGCUGGCAGAAGAUCAGUCACUGUGGUGUCGAUUCUGCUGCCAGACCAAAUGGAGGCUGUCCAAGGCUGCUGAGCAUAAGCAGGUCAUCAGUCACAUGUGUCCAGAAGGAAGCAUCCAAUGGAAGAAUGUGUUUGCAGAAAGGUUUCGCCUGCGCAACAAUUGGCUGAAGGGGCGGUGUACAGUCAGAACUUUUGAAGGUCAUUUGCAAGGCAUCUCUUGUGUUCAGUUUGAUGAUUCUAGAAUUGUCAGUGGGUCAUCGGACAAGACCAUCAAGGUCUGGAAUAUGCGGACCAAUGCACCGUGGUCAGUGCAGACAUUGAUGGGCCACCACGGCACGGUGCGCUGUUUGUAUCUGGAAGGCAACAGAUUAGUCAGUGGAUCUUGUGAUAAAACAAUCAAAGUUUGGGAUCUGUCCACACAAGACAGCUGGUCAUCUAUUGCCUGCAAAGUGACCAUGGUUGGACACACAGACACUGUUCGCUGUUUGCAGGCAGACGAUGACAAAGUAAUCAGUGGUUCAUAUGACACAACUCUGAAAAUUUGGGAUCUAAAAUCUGGCACUCUGAGAAGAACCCUGAGAGGACAUCAGGCGUCAGUUCUGUGUGUUCAUUUCAGCGAGACCAAAAUUGUCUCCGGAUCCGCAGACAAAACAAUUAAGGUGUGGAGUUAUGAUGGUAGCUGCAUGAUGACUCUUCGAGGACAUCAAGAUGCAGUGACAUGCUUGAUGUUUGAUUCCACCCGGAUCGUCAGCGGGUCUCUGGAUCACAACCUCAAGUUCUGGGACAUCCACACAGGAGAGUGCCUGAACACAAUCGACUGGAAGAAAGCAGAGGGCCACACAGAUGUUGUUCGGUGUCUGCAGGCUGACAGUUGGAGAGUUGUCAGUGCUGCUGAUGAUAAAACUAUUAAGGUUUGGAACUUGGCCACAGGUGAAAGGCUAGUCACUCUGAGAAAUCACACUGACGGAGUUACCUGUCUCCAGUUUAAUGACUUCAUCAUCGUGUCGGGAUCGUAUGACAAAAGUGUCAAGCUCUGGGACUUCAGUUGUUGCUAG